AUCCAAGCCCAUUUUUUAACCUAACUUUUCUAUAUAAAUAUAACAACUAACAACACAAACAAUCCUAACCUAGAGCCUCUCCCACGCAUAUACUAUGCUGAUAGUUUUUCAGAAAACUAACCAGAACCACAAACUCAAAGUUACAUCAAAGGCCAUAGCAUCACAUCAUCCUCACUAUCAGGCUGACGAAUUUUCCAAUUUUUAUUCACUAAUUUCUUUUUUUAUCAUCACUUCAAUAAUCAUUCAACAAUCUCUAACUUGUAUAAUAAGUCAAUACAAUUUGUACAUAGUUUUUUUCUGCAGGAAAAAGAGAAAGCAAUUCAGUUUGCCUCAAGCCAAAACACAGCAAUACCAAUUUCACACGAAAAUAGAAUGGAAGAGCAGAUCCGCAUUUGAUGUGGCCGCGAUUGGAAAUUCGACCGGAAAAACCCGCGAGCGUCUCGCCGUCAACCUAGCACCGCCGGAAGUCGCCGACCACCGGAGUAACAUGCCACCGCUUCCGCUCUCGGGAGUACCACCGCUUCGGUUCGGGUUAGCCAAGAUCCUCCGACUACGCACCAUCAGAGCUAAGUUUCCAAUCCUUAUUGUAUUUUAUAUAAAUAUUAUUUUACUUUUUGCCUUUUGCCCAAAAUAGGGUUUGCCUCGAAUAGUCAAUACACUCACCCUUAUUUAUUUUCCUCUUAAUUUGUAGAGUUGAUCAAGGGGACUCAACAUAAUUAUUCAUCCCUCUUAUUCCUUAUUCUUUCUGUCUUUUAGUUUCCCCCAUCCCCGCAAUCCCCGCAGGUGUUUAUUGUAAUAGCGUAGGACAUAUAUCUUUCCGCCUUUAAUUUCUGCUCAUUUUAAACUGCGUGGUUAGUAAUCUUAGGGAGUGCAAGCCAGUAGAUAACUAAUUACAAGAUAAAUAUCUGAAUUAACCACCUGAUUACGCACCUUUAGGGUAAUCCCUCUGGUUGCCUUGUUGCCUUAUACUGUUGCCUUAUUGUUGCCUGUUGCCUCUAAACGUAUUAAUACUCAAAGUCCCUCGAGUCCGAGGAUACCUAAAGCAAUGUUGUCUGUCGCCUUCAGAGUUAUUGAAACUCCCCCGAGGUUGCCUUAUACAGAGUGAUUGUCCCAAUUGCUAAGGUAUCCUCGCAUGAUGCCUUAAAUGACUAUUAUGUCCUUCCCUUAGACUACCUGCCUUCUUUAUGGCAAGGGACAGUCUUGUGGUGAAUGAUAAUUUCUCGAUGACCCUUCAAACAUCCAAUUGAAAGACUUCCUGCCCUCUCAUGGUAUGGAUAGACCCUUUCACUCUGAAAAGCUAAAAGAACAAUUUUUCAAACUUAGGGUAGUUGCUAUUAAUUGCUUGCUCUAUUUCAAAUUCAAAAUCAAAUUCAAACUCUUUUUCCACUAAUUUUCAAGUACUUUUCAAAAGACUACGCUUAUUUACAAGCUAAAGUUCUUCUUCGAAAAAUCUUUUCAAACAAAUCAAACAUUUCAAACAAAGUAAGCUAAGCAAUUAAGAGCCCAUGGAUAACCAUGGAUACAAAGGGUGCCUUACACCUUCCCUUUGUAUAACUUACCCCCCGAACUCAAAAUGUUUUCAAAAGGUCUUUCCUGUUCUUUUAGCCUUUCCAAUUGGAUAAAAUAAAAGUCGGUGGCGACUCUUGCUAUCCGCAUAUUUCUUUUAAAGUCAGUUCACCGUAUUACAUUAGGUAUGGUGCAUCCGGACAACAUUGUGCAAGACGAUGAUGUAGUAGUUUCGGAAGUUGUCAACGUUAAUAACGAUCCGGUUAUUGACGUUAAAUCUAUGAUCAAUGCGGUUGAUGUACGACAAGAAUUUACAAAUGAUCGGAGCUUCGGUAGUCGUGAACAAUUGCUUGAUUGGGUUCGGAACGAAACUAGUAAACUUGGAUUUUGGAAUUGUUAUUUUAAGGUCCGACAAUGGAAAUAGUAGGCGGAAAGCUUUCGUUGUUUUGAAUUGCAAACGGGGUGGGAGUUAUGCACAAUCAAACCGGGUGCUAAAACACGAAGACACGGGAUCGAAAAAGUGCAGGUGUCCGUUUAAGUUGCGUGCUACUCGGAUGGUUGAUGAUUUGUGGCGUUUAAGCGUCAUUUGUGGAGUUCAUAAUCAUGCCUUGGAUGUCAAGUUACACGGGCAUCCAAUUGUGUGUCGUUUGUCCCGCGAAGAGAAGAAUGUGAUUUCGGAUUUAUCGAUAGUUAAAGUGGCGCCUCGCAACAUACUUUCCGAUUUGAAACGGAAAAAACCGGAUAGAGUUUCAAAUAUCAAGCAAGUUUACAAUGAACGACACAAUCUCAAAGUCUUGAAAAUGAGCCCUCGGUCGGAAAUGCAACAACUUUUGAAACUAUUAGGCAAUAACCAAUAUGUGUCAAGCUUCCGAACGUCCGAGGACAAAGUUACGGUGCGUGACAUUUUUUGGACUCAUCCCGAAAGUAUCAAAUUGUUCAACACAUUUCCAGCCGUUCUUCUGAUGGAUUCGACGUAUAAGACCAACAAGUAUAUGCUUCCUCUUCUAAAGAUUGUCGGUGUGACCUCGACGGACAAGACUUAUUCGGUCGGGUUUGCUUUUUUGGAGUGUGAAAAAGAAGAAAACUUUACAUGGGCUUUGGGAAUAUGCAAGUCUUUGUUAGUUGAUCAAAAGGUUAUGCCAAACGUCAUUGUCACCGACCGGGACAAUGCUUUGAUGAAUGUGGUCGAUACCGUCUUCCCGACAUCUACCGCGUUACUUUGUCGGUAUCACAUAACUUGCAACGUGAGAAGUAAGUUGAAACCCGCGGUUGAGACAAAAUAUAGGCCGGAUGAAAACGGUAAAGUUAUCAAAGUCGGUGUUGUGGUUGAUAGGAUAAUGGCGGCAUGGAGGGAAAUUUUAGAUGCAUACUCCGAAGAGGUGUAUACCGAGAAAUUGGUACACUUUAGGUCUUUGUGUGGUUCCAUUAAGACUUUUUGUCAUUACGUCGAAUCCACCAUUCUUGACAAAGUCAGGGAAAAAGUCGUGUGCGUUUGGACAAAUCGAGUUAGACAUCUUGGUUGCACCACGACUAACCGAGUUGAAUCCGCACAUGCGGUCUUCAAGAGGUAGUUGGGUGAUAGCAAGGGAGAUUUGUGUCGGGGAUGGGACACUGUGAACCAAAUGCUUGAAAAUCAACACAAUGAAAUUCAAACAUCGUUCGGUCGGAGCAAGACGGUUAUGGAACACCGGUAUAAGGGCCAAAUUCUAUUCUCCCAAUUGAGUUACAACAUAUCCCGAUCGGGUUUGAAUUUUUUGUUUCAUGAAGCGAAGCGGUCGGAGACCACGGGGCCGGAUAGUUCUUUAUGUGGGGUGUUAAGUGCCAAAUUGUAGUUAUUUUGUGUAUGUAAAUAGUGGCACUUAUCAAUGCUUUAUGUUAAUACCGUUUGAAUAAUUCCCCGUUUUUGUUUAAAUACGUAUACUUUGUGAAUAGAUGUAUUUUCAUACACUUUUAUACCGUUUGAUAGUUUUGUUGUAUUUUUGUAGGUAUUCUUGCGUUUUCGGAGCCUUGAGGAAUAAAGUGUCGAAGACACGGCUGCGAGAGCAAAGAGGAAAUAAUUCUGCUGUUCUGGUGCAGGGCGCUUCGCGCGCUGUAGGGCGCGUCGCGCCCUCUUUGAGUUUGAAGAACAAAAGCUGGCAGAAGUUAGGGCGCGUCGCGCCGGAUUAGGGCGCGUCGCGCGCUAGGGCGGUUUGGUAAAUUUAUACAGGGCGCGUCGCACUGAAAUAGGGCGCGUCGCGCCCACUACGAAACUCAGUUUUGUAUAAAUAGUUAAUAACAUAUUUUUUUAGGUUUUUUAUCACCUCUUCUUGACAAGUUGAGCUCUGAUCCUUUUUUGGUAGUUUAGAGGCUUAGGAAACACCAUUGGGUGCGACGUCAUGUGGAUUGAUCAUGGAUCUGACUCGAUUUCAUUGUACCGGUGAGAUCUUUCCGGUUCAUCUUCUCUCUUCCCUUUGUUUCAUUUCAAUGGUGGGUGUUGUAUGUAUAUUUCUACUCUUAUUGUAUGUAUAUUUGUGGAUCUUGGGAUCGUUUAUAUAUUCGCUUUACAAAUCAUCAUUGUUGUUGUUCUUGAUCUUUUUGCUUAAAUGCUCUGGAUUUGUGUUAUUGCAGACAUGGACACCAUAGAUCUUGAUUAGGAAUGAUAACUGUUAGUUUCUGGGUUGCAGACAUGGAUUCAGGACUAACAAUCUUAGUGGGUAUCGAGUCUAAUGCCUCCGUGUUGUUUGUGUCGGUGGAGAAAUCGCUGAUGUGAAUAGUGUGGUUGAGCUUUCGUCGGUGUUGCAAACAUGGGCAUCGAUGUGGCAUCUCGAGUGAUGCCCGGUGAUGUUGAUGCGUAUUGUGAGUGUAGAGCGAUAGAUCUUCAGAUUUAAGUAUUCGACGAGUAGAACGAAAUGCAAUUUCAUAACUAUUUCUCUUAGGCUAUUGAGAUUGUUUAUCUGCUUUUAUUUACUUUUCCCGCAUUUACUUUUCCGCACCCAAAUCAUGAAACUUAGAACGCGAGAUAGUCGAACGGCGGUUCUUCUCACCAAUCUCUGUGGACUACGAUACGAUAUAACCUAUAUCACCCGGUAAUAAAUAAUACCUAUUACUUUUUGCUUGCCGCUUUACCGCUCCAACAAAAUGGCGCCGUUGCCGGGGAUUGGUUGAGAUUAAUCGCAUUGCGAUGGUUUUAUGUUUUAAGUUUCGUAUAGUUUUGAUU